CUUGGCCCCACCCCGAGGCUCACUUUAAUUGAGAUGCUAAUGAAGCGUCAGCUCCCCUCGGCGGGCGGGCUCUGGCCUGGCCGCCCCGCACCUGUCAGCUCUCAUGAAAGGUGACAAAGCCGAGGAGCCGGGGCUGGGCCCCGAGCCCACAGCUGCCCCGCAGCAGCCCACGGAGGAAGAGGAAGCCCUGAUUGAGUUCCAUCGCUCCUACCGCGAGCUCUUCCAGUUCUUCUGCAACAACACCACCAUCCAUGGUGCCAUCCGCCUGGUGUGCUCACAGCACAAUCGCAUGAAGACGGCCUUCUGGGCUGUGCUCUGGCUCUGCGCCUUUGCCAUGAUGUACUGGCAGUUCGGCCUGAUGUUCGGCGAGUACUUCAGCUACCCCGUUAAUCUCAACAUCAACCUCAACUCCGACAAGCUGGUCUUCCCUGCAGUCACCGUCUGCACCCUCAAUCCCUACAGGUACACAGAAAUCAAAAGGGACCUGGAGGAGCUGGACCGCAUGACAGAGCAGACGCUCUACGACCUAUUUAAAUACAACUCCUCCAAGACCCAGGGGUCGGCCCAUGCCCGCCGGCGUGAUCUGCGGGACAGCCGGAUGCACGCCCUGCAGCUGGUUCGAGUCCCGCCUAAGGACCAUGAGGUUCGCAGAGCCCGCUGGGCCGCCUCCAGCGUGCGGGACAACAACCCCCAAGUCAACUGGAAGGACUGGAAGAUCGGUUUCAAGCUGUGCAACCAGAACAAAUCUGACUGCUUCUACCAGACGUACUCAUCAGGGGUGGACGCGGUGAGGGAGUGGUAUCGCUUCCACUACAUCAACAUCCUGUCCCAGCUGUCAGACACCUCGCCCGCUCUGGAAGAGGAUGCACUGGGCAACUUUAUCUUUGCCUGUCGCUUCAACCAGGAAUCCUGCAACCAGGCGAAUUACUCUCACUUCCACCACCCCAUGUAUGGCAAUUGCUACACUUUCAAUGACAAGAACAACACCAAACUCUGGAUGUCUUCCAUGCCCGGGAUCAACAAUGGUCUGUCCUUGAUGCUGCGCACUGAACAAAAUGAUUUCAUUCCUCUCCUAUCCACCGUGACCGGGGCUAGGGUCAUGGUGCAUGGGCAAGAUGAAACCCCUUUCAUGGACGAUGGUGGCUUUAACUUGCGGCCUGGUGUGGAGACCUCCAUCAGCAUGAGGAAGGAAGCUGUGGUGCGCCUUGGAGGUGACUAUGGCGACUGCACCCAAAAUGGCAGCGAUGUCCCCGUGGAAAACCUGUAUCACCCUCUGAAAUAUACCCAGCAGGUGUGCAUUCACUCCUGCUUCCAGGAGAACAUGAUCCGCUAUUGCGGCUGUGCUUACCUCUUCUACCCAAAACGCCCUGGUGUGGAGUUCUGUGACUACCGCAAGCACGAUUCCUGGGGCUACUGCUACUAUAAGCUUCAGGAUGCCUUCUCUUCUGACCGCCUCGGCUGCUUCUCCAAGUGCCGGAAGCCAUGCAGGUGAUGUGACCACUACCAAGUCUCUGCAGGUUACUCUCGGUGGCCUUCAGUUUCAUCCCAGGAUUGGGUCUUCGAGAUGUUGUCCCGGCACAAUUAUACCAUCACCAACAAGAGGGACGGCGUGGCCAAGCUCAACAUCUUUAAGGAGCUGAACUACAAGACCAAUUCCGAGUCUCCCUCUGUCACGAUGGUCACCCUCCUAUCCAACCUGGGGAGCCAAUGGAGCCUUUGGUUUGGCUCCUCGGUUUUGUCCGUGGUGGAGAUGGCUGAACUCAUCUUUGAUCUCCUGGUCAUCACCGGUCUCAUGCUGCUCCGGAGGUUUCGCAGCCGCUACUGGUCUCCAAGCCACGGGGGGUCGAGGGGCACCCGGGAGGUGGCCUGUACCCCAGCUUCCUCCCAGCCCUCCCACUCUCUCCACAUCCUCUACACCCACACUGGCAGCUGCUGUCCCCUCUGCCCCACCACCUGCCUAUGCCACAUUGGGCCCCCUGUCCCAUUGCCUCUGGCAUGGCGGGGGCCUCCGCCUCUGACCCUCAGGAGCUCUGAGUUUGAAGACGAAUAUCCAUGCCCAAAGUCUAGGGAACCAGGAUGCCAGGUGGUGUCUGGGCCCAGGGCUGCCCAGCUACUUUACCUGGUGGGGGGAGGAAGAGGAGAGGAGCAGUGUGGGCACCACGCUGUCCCCCCUGACACCAUCGUGGCCAUCGGCGUCUUGAUGGGGGAGUGA